CGCCUCAGCCUCAGUGCGGAGCCCUACGCGGUGUGAGGAGAAGCGGCAGCGGGCGGUCUGAGGAGAAGCGGCGGCGGCGGCGGCGGCGGCUAGAACCACACCCACGUCUCUGCCCCUGUACUCUUUUGCCCUCUGGCCGUCCCGCCGGAGACCGCAUUCUCGGAAAAGAGCGGCCGCCCACGUCCGGAGCAUCCUCCCCUGUUCAGCGGGCGCUGACGGACCCAGCGGUAUGAUGCGACUCCGAGGCUCGGCGAUGCUGCGGGACCUGCUCUUGCGCCCGCCCGCUCCCGCCUGCGCGGUUCUGAGGCGGGCGCAGCCCCUCGCCACCCUGUGCCGGCGACCCUUGGGCGGGGGACGAACGGGCCAGGUGGCCGCCGCGCGGCUCUACCCGUGGUGGGGCGGGGGCGGCCGGUCGGCGGGGCCCCUCUCGAGGGGCCUGUCCAGUUCGCCCUCGGAGAUCCUACAGGAGCUGGGCAAGGGGGGCGCGCAGCAGCAGCAGCAGCCGCCGCCGCCGCAGCAGCCUGGGGCGUCGCCGCCCGCAGUCCCGCAGGCUCCCGGCCCCAAGGACAGCCCAGGGGAGACGGACGCGUUCUCCAACAACGAGGGCAAGGAGCUGGUGCCUUCAGGCGAAAAUAAAAUAAAACAGGGUCUGUUACCUAGUUUGGAAGAUUUGCUGUUCUAUACAAUUGCAGAAGGACAAGAGAAAAUACCUGUUCAUAAAUUUAUUACAGCACUCAAAUCUACAGGAUUGCGAACGUCUGACCCCAGGUUGAAAGAGUGUAUGGAUAUGUUAAGAUUAACUCUUCAAACAACAUCAGAUGGUGUCAUGCUAGACAAAGAUCUUUUUAAAAAAUGUGUUCAAAGCAACAUUGUUUUGUUGACACAAGCCUUUAGAAGAAAGUUUGUCAUUCCUGACUUUAUGUCUUUUACUUCACAUAUCGAUGAAUUAUAUGAGAGUGCUAAAAAGCAGUCUGGAGGAAAGGUUGCAGAUUAUAUUCCUCAACUAGCCAAGUUCAGCCCCGAUUUGUGGGGUGUAUCUGUUUGUACAGUAGAUGGACAGAGGCAUUCUGUUGGAGACACCAAAGUUCCAUUUUGUCUUCAGUCCUGUGUAAAACCUUUGAAAUAUGCCAUUGCUGUUAAUGACCUUGGAACAGAAUAUGUGCAUCGAUACGUUGGGAAAGAGCCAAGUGGAUUAAGGUUCAACAAACUGUUUUUAAAUGAAGAUGAUAAACCACACAAUCCUAUGGUAAAUGCUGGAGCAAUUGUUGUGACUUCAUUAAUAAAGCAAGGAGUGAAUAAUGCUGAAAAAUUUGACUAUGUAAUGCAGUUUUUGAAUAAGAUGGCUGGUAAUGAAUAUGUUGGAUUCAGUAAUGCAACGUUUCAGUCUGAAAGAGAAAGUGGAGAUCGAAAUUUUGCAAUAGGAUAUUACUUAAAGGAAAAAAAGUGUUUCCCAGAAGGCACAGACAUGGUUGGUAUAUUGGACUUCUAUUUCCAGCUAUGCUCCAUUGAAGUAACUUGUGAGUCAGCUAGUGUGAUGGCAGCAACACUGGCUAAUGGUGGCUUCUGCCCAAUCACUGGUGAAAGAGUACUGAGUCCUGAAGCAGUUCGAAAUACACUCAGUUUGAUGCAUUCCUGUGGCAUGUAUGAUUUCUCAGGGCAGUUUGCUUUCCAUGUUGGUCUUCCUGCAAAAUCUGGAGUCGCUGGGGGCAUUCUUUUAGUUGUCCCCAAUGUCAUGGGCAUGAUGUGCUGGUCUCCUCCUCUGGACAAGAUGGGCAACAGUGUUAAGGGAAUUCACUUCUGUCAUGAUCUUGUUUCUCUAUGUAAUUUCCAUAACUAUGAUAAUUUGAGACACUUUGCUAAAAAACUUGAUCCACGAAGAGAAGGUGGUGAUCAGAGGCAUUCCUUUGGACCAUUGGACUAUGAAAGUCUCCAACAAGAACUUGCUUUAAAAGAGACAGUAUGGAAAAAAGUGUCACCUGAGUCAAAUGAGGACAUCUCUACAACUGUAGUAUAUAGAAUGGAAAGUCUGGGAGAGAAAAGCUAAAGAAAUGGGUUCUAGUUUCAGAAUGCUCUUCAUUUAACCUUUCAAACAUCUUUAGUUUUUUUUGCAUACUAUAUUUAUUGAGUUUUUUGUGCUUUCAACCUUGGGUGCUGGAGCCAUAAGGCUUUUUUUAAAAAAUCUUUGUGUAAAGUUAAUAGAUUAAAAAGUGGAUUUGUCAGUCUUUUAAAAAGUAUAAAUAAAGCAAAUUUGCUUUAUUUUUUUUUAAUGAAAGGAAAAAUUUCUUUAAAUUUUUUCUUGGUGUAAUUAAAAUUUUAACUAUAUGUAGUCAAAUAAUCCCACUUUAAAAUAAUAGCAGAAAUUGGUAAUUUCUUGGUUCUGAAACUCACACACCGAACUCAUAAAUUUUAUCACAUUUCUUUAUUUUCCAGUUUUAAAAUUGAUGUGGUGUCUCCAGUAGCAAUAUAAAGAAUUUCUGUGCUAAAUACAAAAGUAAAAAGACAUAAUUAUGAUUUCCAAAUUAUUUAAUAUAGCAGCAGAUAGAUUUGUUUUACUCUUUUAUUUUGGCUUUAGAUUUUUAAAAAUUUAUUUAAAAUUUUGUUAAACACUUUAAAAUAUCUUUGCUUUUUCACUUUGCAACUCCUUUGUUCUGUCAGAAUUGUUAUGUACAGGAGUGUGUUAUGUUACUAAAGCGUUCCAGCCAAAGAAUUUCCGAUGUAAGAUAAUGACAUGUUUCACUGUUAAAAACCUAUAAUGGUUACUCAGAAGGAGCAGCAGUGAGUGUCUUCAAGUGAAAUGUUUACCUGAACAGUUUUAUUUUCAUAUUACCCACGUAACUUUUUCUGUGUUAUAUUUAAGUGUGAAUGGUGAAUUUUGGUUUUUAGCUUUUAAUAAUUAUAAUAAUUUCACAAAUGCUAAUGAACUUUUGCGAUAAAUUAUAAUUACAUCUCAUAAAGCUUGUUUUAUUUAAACUCUUUCAGAGUAGAUAGGAAAUGAAUUCAGUCUGAAGGUAGAAAGUAUGCUACUAAAAUACCUGUUAGAUUUUAAUCCUUUUGUUCGGUUAUAAUAAUGCAAUAUUGAGAAUCAAAACUUGUUUUUAAGAGGACUAUAGGUUCUACACAGCCUAAAUUUGAAAUAAUUCACAAUGUUUAAAGUCUGUCUUGGCAAAGUAAUUGUAAAGUUCUGUAGGAUCCUAUUCAUACUUCUUCCUUCCUCCAUAUACCUCUGUUUCUCCCCACAGUUCCCCAGAGCUUCAAGAUUUUGGAGGGACAGGGAUGGAGUCAGGAGGAUAACUUGAUAGUUUCUUAGUAUCAUCACCCUACAUGUGGUGUAGGGUAAAGUCUAAAAUAGUAAUUACAGUGUAGCAAAAAAUAUUUUCCUGGAUGGUUUAGAUGCAAGUGAAAACACAGAUGUAGAAAGUCUUGAUUAUAUGAGUUUGGGAACUAUGAUAUUAGGAAAAGAAGUUCUCUUCCAAACUUGUUUAAAAGCCUUUUGGCCCAACUGAAGUAUUAAACAUAUUUAAAACAUAAUUAUGCAGUAAGUUUUAGAGAAUAUUAGCCAAGGACUUUAUGGCUAAUUGUUCCUCUGAUGUACAGAUGCAUAUCCUAACUGGAUGUUUCCGGUUUGGCCAUUUACAUGAGAGGGGUGUGUCUGCACUGUCCAUACCUUUAUACCUUAACUCUGCUAUACCUGUGAACAGUGUCAUAUUAAUUCACAGAGCUAUUUGUGGUUUGGGGACUGAAUGUCUUUAAUUGGUAGUUUCCAAAUAAAAGGCUCCCCUCUCCCAUGCUCUAAUUGUUACGUUUUACUGUUUCAAUGGAGGUGGGUUUUACUUGAUAAAAUGAAAAUUUCAUGUUUAAUAUUGUAUCCACAUUUGUACAGAUUUCAGAAUGAUGUUAAUUUGUGCCACUUACUAUGUUGAUGAGGCUUAAAUACACACCAAUGGAGAAGGGUUAUCUAAGCUAUUCUGUUUAUAGAAUCCUGUUAAAGAUGAGCAUCCAGAAAUUUUUGUUGGAAGGUAUAAAUGGAAGAAGAGAGAAGAUAUUGUGAAUAGAUCCUCAAACUUUACUUUUAAAAAAAAAAGAGGAAAAUCUUUGCCAGGUUUAAAAACAUUAUUUUGAUUCUUUCAGUAUUUUAAAUACCUUUUCAAAUAAAGUUAUUGAAAAGUACCCAAUAUUGUUGAAUUUAAUGUCUUAUGCCAUUACUGAUUCUUGAUAUUCAAGCAUUUUGAAGUUAGCAUAUUUGUUUUUCUUUUUUUUCCACCAUUAACAUUUCAUUUGAAAUGCAUAUCCUUUCUGAAAUACUUUAUUUUUAGCAUAAAUGUUGUGCAUUUUAUCUUAGUGUUUGGAUUAAUCCAUUUGUGUUAUUUAGCUUUCUUUUAUUUGCUUUGUAUAUUAAUGUACCUUUUAUUUUCCAGUACGCCUACUUUUUGUAUUGUAUAAUAAAUUUAUUUUAAGCUGAUUUUAUUGGUUUUUUUUUUUAUAAAAGCAACUCCAGCAUUUUAAGUAUAACAAAUGGAAUUUUAACUUUAAAAGUCAUGCUUUAUGAAGAUAUAAUAAAAAUGCUUUAUAAUUUUAGUUAAUUCUGAGACUAAUGUGAAGAGCAACUAUAGAAAUACUUAAAGGCUUCAUCUGAUUCUCUUUUUUUAAUGUAGUAUAGUGUUGGUGGGUUUUUUUUUUUACUUUCGGGGAGGAUGUUUUUCAAUUGGUUGUAUUAGAAGUAUUUGAAUAAAGAUUUUUUUCCUAAUUUUUUUUUUUUUGUUGUUUUUCCACUUAACAACUUAGGGAAAAAAGCUCUUCUCCAUUUACAGAAUCUUUCUGCUUUCUGAGCAAGAACAUCACUGAUUCACUAUGUAAUUGUUGCUUUAUCAGUUGUCCAGAAUAGGAGAAAUGUUGCUAAAAUCAAAGUAUUAUUGCGUUAGAAUAGAAUUGUAAACCUCAGUAGAAUUUAUAUUGAGUAGAAAAACUAUAAAAUUGAAAUUCACCUUAACUACUUUUUAAGAAAUUUAAUUUUCAGAAGGAACUUAGUAUAGUUCUACAGCAUGGUCCAAAUUAUAAAGUAUGUGCAUUGUAGGUCAGAUACAGUACUUUUAAGUUAUUGUUUGAUGAAAUUUUCCAUUCAUAUCCAGAGAAAUAUCCCAUUGGUGGAGUUUUUAAAACUGCUUGAAGGGGAAAUACUGUUGUUUAUAGGAAUUUCUAUUUAUCUGUGGGAUUUUUUCCAUAGUGUUCUUUUGGGACUAGUAAAUAGGGAGUUCCAUUGUCAUGUUAUAUUCAGUUUGUAAGUUUGUGAUCACUAGCUUUUAAAGAUACCUUUGGGAUUGUUUUGUUGGUGUUUUUAGUCCCUUUGAAACAGGUAACUCAGCUUGGUCUGAAAGUAUAGUUUUAUAGGCAUGUAUGUGUAUGGAAAGAACCACUGAAUAUAUACUGAUAUUGUCAGUCUGUAUCAUGAUAAUUUAUAUAAAUGUAUGUGAACGUGUAUCUAUAUAUUUAUCUGUCUUUAUCCAUCCAUUCAUAUUCUGAAAAUCAGUAGCAGUUACUUCUACACAGUAUGUCCUGUAUAAAUGGUUCAUUGAUCUAGUCUAGGUUUUGUUGUAGGAGAACUUUGAAUUUUUGCUGACCCAGAACUUAUAAAAUAUAGCAUCUUUUACUUGUUUCAGUUUACCUUUAAAGAUAUGUGGUUUCUGUUUUGCUCCCAUUCACUACUAGCACUAUCAGAGAGGAGAAUAGUGAUAUUGGAGAACUCCACAAAAAGGAAAGCAAGAACAUCAGAUUUCAUGUGGAAGCUGACUUUAGUUUCCAAAAUUAUUAUAUGGAAGGAUUGUAUACAACUUAAAUAAUGGACUUCUUAGUUACAACAGUUUACUCUAUGGAAUAAUUUUAUUCCAAAUCUUGUGCACAAUUUUUAGUUUUUUAACGAGUAACAUGCUUUCUGUUCAGUUCCUCCUUUAUCAUAAAUGUAAUAUUUAAUUAAAGCCAGAUGAAUUGGAGGUGGGGCUUGUUAAUGAUUCAUCAUGGCCCAUCCCUCCGAUUUUUACUCAGAUUUUUUCAGAGUAGACUUUUGUCCAUUCACUGUCAUGUAGUUCAAAGCCAAAAUUAUGCAUGAACGUAGAUUCAAGUAUAUCAAGUUCAUCCACUUUUAUUUUAAAUUGUCACACAGUUAACAUUUGUUUUCUACACUGUUUAGAAAUGGAGGGAAUUUAAUUGGACUAAGAUUCUUUUAUUCCUUUUCUCCCUCUCUCUGCCCCAGUUGUAGUUUAUUAAUGUGUAAUAGCACACAGUGCACAUUGAAGAAGUUUAGGAACAUACUGAACUUCCCUGGUGGCUCAGAUGGUAAAGAAUCCACCUGCAAUGCGGGAAGGCUGGGUUUGAUACCUGGGUUGGGAAGAUUCCCUGGAGAAGAGAAGGGCAGGAAUUAAACUGUCUUAGUCUGGAAUUCUACUUUUAAAAAUACUGUAAAUCUAGGACAAAAUCUGUCCAGUAUAAAACAGAGCUCGCAAAACUUGAUUAGUUUUUGGAGUCCUUAAAUAGUAAUGGAAAAGGUACUUACUUAAAAAAAAUAUUAAAUAGACUGAUGUAAGUAUUUAAUGAAUUGAUUCUCUUCCUGUAGUUUUAAAAUGUUCCUUUCUAAAUUUAUGUUUUGUGAGCAUAUGAAAGGAGGUUUAAGGUUGAUUUAGUUUACCCUAAGUGUUUUGUAGAUUGUUUAUCCUAGUAAUUUUAAUAAGUUGUAGCUAUAGAGAUUUUUAGUAUAUGUAAAAUAUGUAAAACCAGUGUUGAUCAUAACUUUUGUAAUGGUUUCCUAAUCCAUUUAUCUUUAAUUAAAAUGAAUAGACUACUAAUUAGCACUUGGCACAUUACAUUUUUGUUAUUUUGGGCGUAAUACACAAAACACUUCUUGUUGGGAACUGUUAGGUUUGGUUACAUUAAAAAAAAAAAAAUGAACAGGUAAUGAUCCUUGAUUCCAAGUACUUUAAUGAACUUGUAAGCAGUCCAGUAUGGAGGUUCAAAGGAAAGAAUAAUGAAAUGACAAAUUCUGGCAAUUGAUCUCAUAAUGUUGGUGUUAUUGUUAGACUUUUAACUUUAAAUUUCAUUUACUAAUUUGGAAGUAUUUUAGUUAUGAUCUCAGUGGUAAAGAACAAUUUUGGUAUACUUAAGUCAAAUUUUAAUGUCUGAGGAUCUUAUUUUUCUGGACAUAGUAUUAUCAAAAAAGAAUGAUUAUUAUUUCAUCAAGUAUUUACCUUGCUAAAAUAUUUUCAAUCCUAAUGUCUCAGCUUGUUGAAAUUACCUAUUUGGAAGGCUUAGCUUUUAAAAGGAAAAAUUCUUACCUGAAACAGUUUUAAAUUUCUAUUUAUUAUAUUUCUGGAGUUUUUUAUAUAGUGAAAUUCUCUCCUGCCUAACAAUUCUACUUGAAACUCUUAGUUAUAAUUUUAAUUCAUAUCCUAUAAACAGCUGAAGAAUUUCUUUUAUUUUUAAAAUACAAUUCAGCUGUUCUAGGUCUUUGUUCUUUCAUUUACUAUAGUCUAGUAAUUUAUUAGAAUCACAUGGUUGAGCUAGAAAGGACUCUUGAAGGUUAUCUACCUCAAACUCCCAUUCCUCCCAGCCCUCUUUUCCAGGUAGCACCUUGCUUUCUCAAUUAGCACAUUUACCUUCUUUGAUAGGGUUGGUUUAUUUUAUGUAUUUUGGGACAGCCUUUUAUUUGUUGGGUAUUUUUAUCCUAUGUGUAUGUGCACGCACAUGCACACUAAAUCGCUUCAGUUGUGUCUGACUCUUUGUGACCCUAUGGACUGUAGCCCACCAGACUUCUCUGUUCAUGGAAUUCUCCAGGUAUAAUUGGCAGUACUGGUUAAUAUGAUUGUAAGUUAUUUGGCAAACUAAUCAUCCCAUCACUGUUUAUUAAAAUGAAUUGUAUUUUUCUAGUAUAUAGUUAUAUGAUGCAUUUAUAAAGACUAAUAAAGCUAGAAAUGUAUGUCACAAUUAUACAGUAGUUCUAAAAAUAAAUCAUGACCCCAGAAUCUUUGAAAGAAACUAAAGGAUAACAGAAAUGUUACUCUAAAAAAUAAAUGUUACACCCUUGGCUUUUUAAAAUAAAUUCCUUUGAGAUUAGGCUAAAUAUAUAAGUUAAAAAAGGUUUUUCAAGUAGUGAAAAGGUUAUUGGAGUUCCAAAAAUAUGUUUUCUGGAAAUUUUUUUUUUCCAGUUAACUUUUCCCAGCACAUACUGUACAAAAUACCUAGCUAGUUCCAUUGUUUCUGCUUUGGUUUUUUGAGUGGCUUCAGAAAAAGGCUCCCUGUUUGCCUAUUACUUUAUUGUGUGUAUUAUACUCAGUAUCAAUAUAUUUCAUAGUUCUGGGAUUUUUUUUUUUUAUGAAGGAUAUAUAUAUUGCUGUUCUUGAAGUGCAUUAAUUUUUUUAAAGAGUUGAUUUAAAUGUUAAAACUUUAUUACUAUUCUUAAAAAAAAAAAAAGUUUCUUCUCAAAAUUUAAACUUGCCUAGGAAACUCUUCUCCCCCCAAGUUUGUAUAAGUGAGAACCUGAACUUUUAAGAGACUGACUCAUUCAGUAUAAGCUUGCUUGUAUUGAAUGCUUGCUUUCACAUUAUAUCUAUUAAAUUAGAAUGAUGCUGAAAUACUAACAUUAGUUAUGCAUAUAUAACUAUUCAUGCUUGGGUAUUCCAUUGUAAGAUCCGAAUUAAAAUCAUGAUCUUCGGUCUCUUGUUAAACUUUUCCUUAGCUUCAAAUGACUAGUUUUCUUUAUGUUGUGUGUGCCUUUCAUAAGUCAUCACUAAGGAUCACUACAAUUCGUCCUUUAAGGGGAUAACAUAAAACUUAAGUCUUUUAUCCAUUAAGGGAGAUUAAUGAUGUAUAGAAUUAUAUCAGUUAUUAAUUGAAUUACAUCCAAGGUCUGUUUUGUUUUUUCUUGUAGUCUCUCAAAAUUAAAGAAUCCUAAUUGAAAAACUCAAAAUCUGUUAAUCUUGAGUAUUGUUUCUCUUUCAUCCUUUCCUAACGUAACUCAUUUUGGCCUUAAAAUGAGAUAACUGUAAAAACUAUAUCAGAGUUGCUCAUAAAAUGGGCUUUCAUUUUCAAACCUUCUUAUUGCUGGUAGGUUAAUUUCCAAAUCUUUUCAUGUUGUUAGCAUUUGUCACUCUACUUUUAUUUUCUUUAAAAUGUUAUUUUUAAAAAUUCACAAUUGAUAAAGUAUAAACUUAUCAAUAUGAUAUAACUUUUUGGUAAUUUAUUUUACAAUUGACUUUGAAUACAUGCAUCUGUGGGUCCAGGUCUGUGUAGAAGAUUUAUAAUUUAAAUACAGAAAUGAACUAAAUAUUUUCUGCUUUGAGUUGAAAUGAAUAUAUGUUACAGUUUCUGCAGAAUGGAACUUUAUUGAUAUCCUUUGAAGUUGUAGGACAAAUGAUUUUGUUAAAAUUCUUUUGACUAAUACCAUUAACCCACUUUAAUCACACCAAUAAAAUAUUUCUGCCAUUAAAAUGUUUCCUCUUUUUACCUGAAAGAGAAACUUCAGAGAACAGUUUUCAUGAUGCAGGAAGUAGAGCUUAACUUUCUAUUACCUGUUGUUGAAGUGUUUCAACUAAAGCGUGCUGUUACAAUAGUCUCUGUAUGACAUUUUUUCUUUUUCACCUAAAGGAGAAACAAGGGAGAAAAAACUAAUUGCAGUGUUUUUAGCCAAGUAAUAAAAACUGGAGAAGCUUUCA